AUGUCCCUCGUCGCAAUCCUUCUCGGGAUUCUCUUGUCAUCGCAUCUCUCCGCGUGUGGUGCUGCGAUGGACACCCUUGCGUCCGGCGAAGUACUUGCGGGAAACAACACCAUCAUCUCCAGCAACGGCAAGUUUGCACUCGGCUUCUUCCAGACAGGCAGUAAGUCCUCCCAACACACCCUCAACUGGUAUCUAGGCAUAUGGUUCAACAAGGUCCCCAAGCUAACUCCCGUAUGGGUCGCCAAUGGUGAUAUCCCAAUCAUAGACCCCGCCUCAUCGGUGCUAACAAUCACUGGUGAAGGCAGUCUUGUCAUCUUGAACCAAACCACCAAAUCCACCAUCUGGUCUGCCCAAACAAAUGUCACUGCCAACAACACCAUCGCAGUGCUAUUGAAUAGUGGCAACUUCAUCUUGCGGAGUUCCUCAAACGCAUCCAGUGUGUUGUGGCAAAGCUUUGACUACCCCACUGAUACUUUCCUCCCUGGCAUGAAAUUGGGUUGGGAUAAGGUCACCGGUCUGAACCGUCGUCUAGUUUCUAGGAAGAAUUCCGUGGACCUAGCUCCAGGAAACUACAUCAGCCAGUUAGAUCCAAAUGGUAAAGAUCAGUUCAUACAUACACUGCUAGAGUCAUCAAUAGCAUAUUGGUCGAGUGGGGUAUGGAACGGCCAGUACUUUCCCUCGAUACUACCUGAGAUGACAGGGAAUGAAAAAUACUAUACAACGUUUACAUUUGUCAAUAAUGACCAAGAGACGUACUUCACAUAUGACUUACCGGGUGAGUCAUUUGUUUACAAUCUUGUGAUGGAUGUUUCGGGUCGAACAAAGUCUCUCAUUUGGGUUGAAGGCUCGGUGGGUUGGAGAAUGGUCUAUGCUCAACCCACACUUCAAUGUGAUGUGUUUGCUGUUUGCGGACCUUUCACCACUUGUACUGAUCAUACACUUCCAUUCUGCAACUGUAUGAAGGGCUUCUCCAUUAGAUCGCCCAAUGACUGGGAGCUAGAAGAUCAUACGGGAGGUUGCAAGAGAAAUACUCCAUUAGAUUGUGGGAUCAGCAAAAACAUAAGUGUGCAGGACAUGUUCCACCCUAUUGCAUGUGUUGGAUUGCCCAAAAAUGGUAGCAACAUAGAACAUGCUAAGAGUGUAGGCAGAUGUGCACAAGUUUGUCUAGGCAACUGCACUUGCACUGCAUAUUCCUAUGAUAACAAUGGAUGUUUUGUUUGGCAUGGUGAAUUAAUUGAUGUGGUACAAAAACAAUGCAAUGACUCCAUUAAUAGUAACAGAGCUACUCUUUACCUUCGCCUAGCCACCAGUGAGGUGCAAAUGAGCUUGGAAAUCAACAACAGAAGAUCAUUAAUCAUUGGAGUAGCAGUUGGCGCAAGUUUUUUGUUCUUUUCUUUGUUGUUCCUCUUCUUUCUGCUAAUUAUUAGGAGAAGGAGGUUGUCUGCUCAAGCUAUAACAUUGCAUGAAGGUAGUGUUGGCAUUACUUCAUUCAGGUACCUUGAUCUGCAACGUGCAACAAAAAACUUCUCAGAGAAGCUAGGGGCAGGUGGUUUUGGUUCUGUAUUCAAGGGGUUUCUAAAUGAUUCUUGUGCUAUAGCAGUUAAAAGACUAGAUGGUGCUUGUCAAGGAGAAAAACAAUUCAGAGCUGAAGUAAGAUCAAUUGGAGUCAUCCAACACAUCAAUUUAGUUAAACUAAUUGGCUUUUGUACCGAGGGGGAUAGUAGGUUGCUUGUCUAUGAACACAUGCAAAAUCGUUCUCUUGAUUCUCAUUUGUUCCAAAGUAAUCAUACAGAAAUGGAACUGACAUGGACAAUAAGGUAUCAGAUAGCUCUUGGAGUUGCUAGAGGAUUGGCCUACUUGCAUGAUAGUUGCCAGGAUUGCAUUAUACAUUGUGAUAUCAAGCCUGAAAACAUACUUCUUGAUGCUUCAUUUGUUCCGAAAAUAGCAGAUUUUGGGAUGGCGAAGUUUCUUGGAAGGGAUUUCAGUCGAGUUCUCACAACAAUGAGAGGAACUAUAGGAUAUCUUGCACCUGAAUGGAUUAGCGGGACUAUUAUUACAGCAAAAGUUGACGUCUACAGCUAUGGCAUGAUUUUGUUGGAACUCAUAUCAGGAAGAAGAAACUCAGGUGGAAAUAGUGCUUCUGAUAUUGAUGAUGUUUAUUUCCCUGUGCUAGUUGCAAAUAAGCUACAAAAGGGUGAUGUGGGGAGUUUGGUGGACCAAAAUUUACGUGGUGAUGUCAGUUUGAAUCAGGUGGAAAGAGCUUUCAAGGUUGCUUGUUGGUGCAUUCAAGAUCACGAGUUUCAUCGGCCUAAGAUGGCUGAAGUUGUUCAAUAUCUGGAAGGUUUUGUUGAAGUUGAUAUACCCCCAGUGCCAAGAUUUCUUCAAGCUAUUGCAGGGAAUCCACACUCAGAAUUCCAAGAAUAG